AGUGGUAAGUGGUAAGUGGUAAGUGGUAAGUGGUAAAUGGUAGGAGGGGUGAGAUCGAGCCAGCCCAGCCCAGCCCAGCCAGCCCGUACCCAGACCGGCUAGCUGGCGUGGUGUCCGUUCUUCGCUUCGUGCCCCCUACUGUACUACUGUAGGAUCGCGCCAGUCCAGUGAGUGCACAGCACCGCACCGCACCGCAGCUUACCUCACCUGAGCCUGAGCCCAAGCACCUGAGGAGCAUGUCGUUCUUCGGCCUGGCACAGAAGACAUCACCACAACACAUAGUCGCCGACAACCUCGACGGCCCACGAUUCAACAUGAAUAAGUUAGCAAAUAUGCGGCAUUGGUCCGACCGGAUGGGCCCGAACUUCGGUAUGGGACGACCAAAUAUGACCAUGACGCCUGGUCAGCCUCAGCAGCAGCACAAGAUGAACGGCGCCUCCCCCAUCCUUUCGCCCACCCAGGCCGAUACGCCCAUACAUUACUCCUUCAACGUGCCAUUCGCCUCUGAUCUUGCUGGACCGAAUAUUGAGGAUAUCCUGUACGCAACGAAGGGUGCAGUCGAACGAUGGACGCACCCAUCGGACGCGCCUGAUGACGUGCCGAUCCAUGAGCUCCCAGUCCACGCCCAGAACGUCACGACCUUGAGACAACUCUGCAAAGAUCUCACCAACGGCCCGCUACCAAUUGAAGCUCAUGUCAAGUCUUCAGAGCCCAAGAGGGUGAAGGGACAGGUCACCAAUGUGUGUCUGUCGGGAAGCCCGGAGCUGGUACACAAGAGCAGAGAGACGAUCCUGAAUGAUACGCCGUUGGCAUUGGUAAGACUUGAAUGAGUCCAUCUUCAAGCAAAGGUGAUUAUACUAACAUUUUAUAGCGAUGUGCUAUCAUUGACAUCAAUGGAGAUCUCGUUCUUGACGAAGCUAAGACCGCCCUACAAGUACACGUCAUUGAGCACCUGGAUACCGUUGCUGCCUUCUGUGGGGUCGACAUCUUCCUCCUCGGACCUAAAUUCGUUCUCGCAGACGGACAAAAUGCUAGUGGAGAGGCUGGACGUGACCAGAGAUGGAGAAUCGCAGUUUACGGAGACAUGGAGAGCGCUGAACAUGCGAAGACAAGAAUACUCAUCUUCAUUGAUAGACUCCUUGGACGCGUCGUAGAUGGAACUAUGCUCGAGCUCUCCCUUCACACAGUUGUUUGUGGCCGAUCUCGAAAGAACAUCAAGCUCAUUGAAUCAACCACAAACACAGCUAUCUACUUCCCACCCCCCUUCUCACAGGUCUACAGAUACUGUCCAUCUGGUGCGGAACGACGAAACCCAGAAGAAAUCUUCAUCACUGGAGAAACGACACACAAUAUUGCUAUGGCCAAAGCUAAGAUCCAUGAAUUAGUCAGCCGCACGAGAAUCUUCAUGAAAGAUGCUGUAGUUGCAGCUGCAAAGCUAGAUAGCAUCUUAUUGACCAGACUGGAUAAAAUUCGAAAGAUCAUGGAAACGAAUGGAACCUUCAUACAGUUUCCAGCUUUAGCAUCACAACGAAACAUGAUCAGAAUCCAAGGUGUGGAGGGACUUCACGUCGAGCGGACUGUUAGGGACGUUAUGGCUUUGACUGGACAAUUCUACAGUGCCUCCUGGUGGAUUCAGCAAAUGGACUCAAUGCGUUUGCCUAAUCCAACUGACAUUCGGACUAUGCUCUCCGAUAUCUGUGCAAAUUCUGAUGCCGAUGUGGCUUUCGACAAGCUUACGUUUUCCAUUACAGGGUCCGAUGAUUCCGUCAAGGCAGCUUUGAUGGUCAUUUCUGAUAUCAAAUUUGUGGCUCGAACAUCGUACCAGAUUCGAGUCAAGAUCGAACUCGCCAACGAGCACAAGGAGUUCGUCAGUGGCAAAAAGAAUGGAAAGAUCAAUAAGAUUAUGGGCCAGAGCAGCGUCCAGAUUAUCUUUGACGGUUUCAACGAGUACAAUUUCAACAUCGAUGUCUGUGGCAACAAUUACGAAGCGAUGCGAAAUGGAUUGUCCUUGGUGGAACAAGAAAUGCCGGCUUCGAUCUCGUUCCAUGUCCCGGAUCAGUACCACAAACGAAUCAUCGGAAUUGGUGGGCAACACAUCCAACGAAUCAUGAAGAAGCACUCUGUAUUCGUCAAAUUUUCCAAUGCCAUGGAUCGCGGUGGCAUAGGUCGAGAGGAAGACGAUAUCAAAGUGGACAAUGUUAUCUGCCGUACUCCAGCCCGUAACGCCCAGAACCUCGAACUGGUCAAGUCGGAGAUCUUGGACAUGGUGGAUCGAGUGGACUCUGAAUUUACCACCCAAGUUGUCAAUGUCGACCGACUCUACCACAGACAGCUCAUUGCUCGUCUCAACCAAUUGGAGGAGCUGGAGAAGAAGUGGAACUGCAAGAUCAUCUUUCCCAGCACCGAGCAGGCCAGUGACGAUGUUACAGUCUCAGGACCAGAAUGGCAGGUACCCCACUGCGUCGACGAGUUCCUUGGAAUGGUCCCAGAUAACCACGACUUGGUUCUUGCUCGAGCACCUGAGUUGACUGAAUUCCUCGAAUCCAAGAAAUUCAAGAACGAGCUUGUUUCCAAGCUCAAGGCACAAUAUGUCGUCGAGGUUCAAGUUAAAGAGGACGAGGAAGAGCUUACGGAGGACGGAAAGCCCACUAUCACCUUGCACUGGACCUUUACAAGAAACAAUGCUGGCGGGGUCAGGGACGCCAUCGACUUCCUCAAUUCCAGCCUCGCUUCAGCUGGUAUCGAGACGGUCACUGUGAAGGGAGCCAUUCCUCGCCCGAAAUCCGACUCAUUCGAGGAGUCUCUCCAGUACUUUGACUCGAAGCUUCUCCAGCAUGCUCCGGCUCCUGUAUCCACAGAUUCACCAACCAAGUCUACCUUUGGUGAUGAUGUUGCUCGCGAGCGCAGCACCAUCUUUGACAAGCUCCGCAAACCAGGCAGCAUGUCAUCAAUCUCUUCAUUCUUGGAUCGUCGCAAGAACAGCUCCCAGUCUCCAGGCAGCUUCUUCAAAAAUGGAUCCAACAACGUUUCGAAAUCUUCAUUGAUCUCCAUCGAAUCGACCCGAAGCUUCAAUGCUGACCGCAACCCUUGGAAUGACAGUGGUGUCAAUCUGGCAGACGACGAGGGAGCAGCUUGGCCAACUCGUCACCACUUUGGCAGUAGCAGUAGCGGCAGCAAUGGCAGCAACGAACAUAAGCCUUCUCAACUUCAGCAUCCGGGUGACGCAACCCCACGACACACCAUACGAGCUUCGACCGACAGUGGUCGCCCUUCCACUUCCCAUUCUACAUCAGGAUACCCAGGCCCAAUUGGGCCACCGCGUUCGUAAAUGAUUUCCCCCUUCAUUUCCUAAGAGUCAUUGUGCAGUACACUGGCUGGAUAUAUACCCUGGCGCGCAAUACCCGAAUACCUCGUGAUUUUACGGCGAAUACUUUGAUUUCCGCGUUGUUGUUUUCCUUUUCGUUUCCGUAAUUCAGUUCUUGCGUGUCCAAAGAUGCGUCUUUAGGGCAGGAGAAAAGCAUGCGGCGUCCAGCAAAUUUGAGAUACACAACAUAGAAAAAUGCGCGCGUCAACGAAAGAGGAAUACCAAUUUGCUUUUGAAACUUUGGGAGGUGCAAGGAUGGGACUUUUUUCACGUUUUCUCUCUCUCUACUCUUUCUGUGUUUUCUACAUGUGGGAUGAAGUCGGGGGUGGUACAGGAAGGGGAACUGAUGAUGGGUAUGGCGCGGAGAAUGGGAAUAUCAUGGGAUCGGUCGCUGUGUGUGUUAUGAUACCCAUGCUGAUGAGAGAAAAUACA